UACAAUCAUAAAAAGAGGACACCAACAAAGCUCGAAUUGAACUACUGCAAUAUUUAGCAAUUAUUAUCUUUCUUCUCUGAGUUUUUGUCUCAAAAAAAUGGUUUCAUCGCCAUCGCCGGCAGCAAAGUCGUCAUCAGAAGCAGUAAGCACGCCGCACGCCGUCUUGCUAUCAUUCCCUGCGCAAGGCCAUCUCAACCCAAUCCUCACCCUUGGAAAGCUCCUCCACAUCCUCGGCGGCUUCCGCAUCACCAUCGUCAACACCGAUUUCACUCACCGCCGCCUCCUUCGGUCAUCCUCCUUCGCAGCCGCAGCAGCAAAUAACGCCAUCUAUGGAUUCCACCUGACCGCGAUCCCCGACGGCCUCCCUCCGAACCUCUUCGACAACGACGCAACACAGGACAUACCCACCAUCUGCGCCUCCACACGGCAGCACUGUCCUGCCUUCUUCCGCCAACUCAUCUCCUCUCUUUCCCCUCCAGCCACCUGCGUCAUCGCCGACGGCUCCAUGAGCUCCUCCGCAGCCGUAGCAAUGGAGCUCGGUAUCCCCGCUUGGCUAUUCUACACACACAGUAGCUGCGGCUUCUGGAGCUACAUAAACUUCGCGGAACUCGUGCGGAGAGGAUAUACGCCGCUUAAAGAUGAGAGCUUUUUAACUAAUGGAUACCUCGACACAAAGAUCGACCUAAUUCCCGGAAUGGAGGGAAUCCGACUCCGGGAUUUGCCGACCUUCAUCCGCACCACCAACGCGGCAGAUCUGAUGUCGCAAAUCAUGCUUAAGAGACAUGAGGAAGCAAGACAGGGCAUCGGGCUUAUCCUCAACACCUUCGACACCCUUGAGCCUGACGUCCUCGCUGCUGUCAGGGCCAAGUUCAGCAACGUUUACAGCAUCGGUCCUCUGAAUAAAUUCAAUAGCCUGGUUGCCACGGAUUCAGAAGCCUCCAUGAUUGGAUCCAGUCUAUGGAAGAGCGAUUCAGAGUGUCUGAAUUGGUUGGAAGGGCAAGAGCGGGGGAGAGUGGUGUAUGUAAAUUUCGGAAGCAUUACUGUACUGUCAGCACAGCAGCUGGCGGAAUUUGCGUGGGGUUUAGCCGGCAGCGGAUAUCCGAUCCUUUGGGCGAUCAGACCGGACAUGGUGAGCAGUGGUGGUGCGGCUGCGGCUUUGCCGGAAGAUUUUGUCAAGCAGGCGGAGGACAGAACGAAGGUGGUGGCGUGGUGCGACCAAGAGGCAGUUUUGGCCCACCCGGCGAUUGGAGUCUUUCUGACGCACUGUGGGUGGAAUUCAACACUGGAGAGUUUGUGCGAGGGGGUGCCGAUGGUGUGCUGGCCCUUCUUCGCCGAGCAGCCGACGAAUUGUCGGUAUGUUUGCGAAGAGUGGGGAGUGGGACUGGAGAUAAAAGGAGAGGUGAAGAAGGAUGGAGUUGAGAAGUUGGUGAGGGAAGCCAUGGAAGGAGAGAAGGGGAUGGAGAUGAAGAGAAGAGCCUUGGAGUGGAAGGAGAAAGCAACGAGAGCAAUGGAGCCCGGCGGCUCCUCGUUUGCAAAUCUUGAGAAACUCGUGAGGGAUUUGGUCCACAUGAAAGUUGAGUGAAGCAGCAAUCAUCUCUAGCGGCAACCAACAGUAAAUUGAGGAAUUUAUUUUUUUUAAAUAAUUUAGCUUAAGGAGUCGAACCCAAAUCUGCACAGCUCAUUCAUCAAUUGGGCCGAGAUAAUUUUUGUGCUUGUGUGCGUCAGGAAUGUUAUUCAGAGGAUAUUGGGGGUUAUAUCAGUGUUAUAUCCCAUAUAACUUCUUUGUAUCCUGCCUGUAAAUUACUUGUACCUUCUAG